AUACUUUUUAAAUUUUGCUAUUCUUUUUAUUCUUACAUAUCUCAGCCGCCAGAUGAGCGCAAACGCUUGUCCGCGUAUGUGCGACAGAAACCGAAACUGAUUGUUUUCUGUUCGAACAGCUUUGUAAAGGCAGAAACGACCAUUGUAUCAGAUGUAUUUCCGUGAAGCGGUGGGGUAGACGUUAUCUCACAUCGCUAGUUCUUUAAUUUUUAACAUACUAUUCGCGUGACUCAAUAACUGAUAACGUAAGGAUAGCGUGCGCUGCCAUAACGUAUCUUAUCAUACGCGUAGUCGUCAUUUUUUUUAUCUCUUUCUUGGAACCGUUCUUGUGAUUCUGGAAAAACACGAGGUGCAAAAUACACAGGGUGCAAGUUUCCGUUAUUUUACAAGUUCCCUGCUUCGCCGCAUUUGGCGUCGCCGUGUGCAAACCGGAACGCCUCCCAAAGAACAUGGCGCAUGUCAUGUUCCGACAGCGGAGCUCCAGAGGCGGCCGUUCAUUAAGAAGACGCCAUGACAGCGAAGAAGAGACGGUUCACCUUGAUUUAAGCAAAGGCGUGGCGGACAACCUGAGGGAGGUUCUCAUCUAUUUGGUGCGCCAAGACGGCAGCAAGCAGAGGAAGAUAGCCUACCUUAACUGUCUUGUGAAGCUGAGCCCGAAGAUAACUCCAGAAACAGAACUCGGGCUGACUCUUGAAGAUUUAUUUUGUUGCCUGCGGGUGCUUCUUGUGCAUGAUGCCAGCGAAGUGCGGGCAGGAUGCCUCCGGGCUCUGCGCCAUCUCGUCAGAGACAUUGAUGCCGCUCGGGCACUCGCGGCAUCGCACAUUCCACGCCUCGUGGCACGCGCCCUGGAUGCUGCCCUGGAGAGCCGCACAGAGCGGCUUCAGGCCCUGAGGCUGGUGCGACGUCUGGUUGCUGUGGCGCCACUUGAGCUGCCAGCUCAGCUUGCUCGCAGCCUCGUCGCCGUGGCAGCAGAUGGCGCCAAGGAGACUGAUGACCUUGUUCGUGCCUGCCUAGCCACCAUUUGUGAGCUAGCAUUGCUGAAUCCAAAGCUCUGCGUGGACACCGGUGGCUUUCGAACAUUGCUCCAAAGUGUGCUUGACUGCCAUCACCCGCCCCUGGCAGAGGCGAUGCUGGGAAUCAUCUUCCACUCGAUAAACGAUCCAGCCACACGUCAGCUGCUCAGUCGUGAUAUUGAUCUUGAGUACUUGGUUGCCCCGUUCACGGACAGUCACUUCAAGUAUGCACCGGACACACCAGAAAACAACUUGGGGUAUGACAAGGUGCUCAGGUUUCAGUCAAGUAGGAUAGCCAUGACUUCAGUCCUGAGGUCCUGGCCUGGGAUGGUGUAUUUCUGCAAGCCUCCACCGUCCGGUCUGCAAUCUCUCGUAGAAGUUCUUUGUCUUCCUCUUCCUGACACAAGGAAAAAUAUAAUUGAGUUGCUGUACGACGUCUUCUGCCUUCGUAUUCCGGAAUGGACAAGUGAUUUUGAAACUGCGCUCAAGUCAGCUGAUCGAACGGCUAUCCGGGAGUCAUGGAAGCUAUAUGAGGGCUUUGUGGUUGCAGAGGCUUGUGAUCUUUUACCGCCACCAUCAAAGCAUAGGUCAAAUUUAGUGGGAAACUACUUAGCUCUCCUUUUGCUAGCAUUUGUGCAGGCUGGAAUCCUAGAGGCGCUAGUUGAAGUGAUAGUGUCAAGUGAAGAUGCCUUGGCUAUUCAAGCAACAAUACUCUUGGCAGAACUGCUGUACAUGGCCAGUGUCUACCUGCCCUCUGAAGCUGGCCGACAUUGCCACUGCCUGCCAACACUGAUGUCACAAGCGGCUGCUUUUGGAUCGCCCCAGGAAAAGCGCAUCCGUGCAAGCACAGCUGUGGCCCGUCUGUCGCACCUGCAUGCAAACCGGCGGAAAGGCACCAUGCCAAGCAGCCUCUUCCUGGACCAGCUUCUGCAGUUCUGCAGCCCGACCAAACGCCGUAGCGGCAACCAGGACUUCUGCGAGGCAGCAGGCAAGGUGCGCCUCAACGCCUGCCUGCAUAAGGAAACGGAUGAGAGUGCCAUGCACAGCAUCCGAGACUCCCAGGUGCUUGUCAGGGAGUACAACUCCUGGGACUGGUAUCUUGUGAGCUCGUUACUCAAGUGGCCCAGCGAGUCGUUGCGCGCGCUCAGUGAGAGCACGCACCGAACUUUUAUCCGCCGUCUUGUCUUCUUCUACAAACCGAGCAGCCGCCAGUUCUCGCUGAUGGAAACCAAGCGCGAGUGUGCAAACCAGAUCAUCACCGUUGGCUGCCAGCUGUUUGAAUUUCUGCUCGAGGCCGAUGAAGGUCGAGCCACCGAGUUCAUUGAGGACUUCUUGAUCGACUUGUGCAACUGCCUUCACGAAGCGCAGUUACCUGGGGCUGCCAUGUCAGCGCUUUUAGGACCUUCGAGAAUGCUGGCAAUGGUUUCACAUGCCUACUUCCUUUUUAUUGGCCGGCUCGCGAGUUCUAGCAAGGGCUCACGGCUCUUGGAGAGGCUUGGAGUGUACCAGCAUAUUGUGACGCUGGUCACACUGGAAGGCCAUGACCUGUACUUGAAGCUGGCACUGGCAUCCAUGGACUACACCAAACCAGGCUUUGCGAGGUCCCUGCUGACGACAGCAUUGACAACAAAGUGCGAGGAAGCACGACUCUAUGCAACAAAGUUCCUCAGAGUCCUACUUCGAUUGGAACUCUUGGACUUCAGGAAGUGGGUCAUGGAGCUUCUUGUGACUCAGCUCUGCGACCCAAACCGUGCAGUCAUGCUGACUGCUGCCUCCAUCUUGGAUGAAGCCUGUGAUGUCAAGGAAAACCUGGAAGCACUGAUUGCGCUGCGUCCCGUGCUGCUGUCAUUUGGAGACCGAGGCCUGCUCCUGCACGUCCGUUUCCUCUCGGUGCCGAGUGGCUUCAAGUACAUGCUGGAAGCCGAACUGCUGGGCCAUCAGCUGCGGCAGUGGGACGAGGUUGAUAAUCUUCGGUAUGUGAAGAUUGUUGAGGACGCCAUCAGCCAGGCUGUCACCUGGCAUCAGCGAGGUGAAGAUGGAACCUAUGGAAGGCGGAGCAGCAACACGAGACUCAAAGUGCAAGACGUGUUUGCCCCUCCACACCUCUAUGGCCAGCUGGUGCAGCACAAGGAAGGACUGGAAUACCUGCAGAAGCACGGUUGCCUGGAGCGCCACUGCGAGACUGUCAUCUCUGGGGACAUGUCGAAUGAGGAGUCCCUCCUGCGGCUGAAGGCAUCACUGUGGACAGUGGGCCAUGUUGGAACAUCACCAGAAGGCUUUGCACUUGUGGCAGACGCAGACGUGCUGCCCUCUAUUGUCAGAAUGGCUCAGGAGUCUCCGGUGUACUCGAUCAGAGGUGUGUGCUUCUAUGUGCUGUGCUUACUGGCCAGCACUGGCGACUCUGUCGAGCACCUGAGUGGUCUUGGCUGGGACUGUGUCCAGCACAAGCACAACGAGGCCUGGCCCGUGGCAUCGGAUGCCUUGCGUGCUGUGCAAACAUCACCUGCACCGCUCCGGGCUCACACGUGGUCCAUAAGCAGCGCAGGGAGCCAACAGAGUGAGGUGCUCACCGCCAGCGCUCUGCACCGUCGCUUCCAUGGUUCUGCUGCAUCGUCCCUGAGUUGUGUCGAUGCUGGUGAGACAAUGCUACGGAGGACGCUCAACUUUGUGUCAGAGCAGGCAAAAUCUCAGGUGGAGAACAGCAGUGGUGUGCGCCAUUCACAGACUUUGCCGCGGAAUGUGACGCUGUCUCCUCGACAUGACGCUCUGGUUGCCUCGUCUCGUAGGCCACGGUCAUCGUCAGACUGCAGGCCGGGCGAAGCAAGGCAUGACGCUGAAGGAGAGGCGCCGCAGGGGCAAGCCCACAAGAUUCCAGAGGUGGUUGCAAUCCACCCCUCUGUUGCUGAGUGCAGACUGCUAUCGGUGCCUGACAGUUCAAAGGAGCGCUCAAGUUCCUUUGGAGGGAGUCGUGACUCUGGAACCGAGACAUCGUUCACUGAGAAAACCUCCAGCAAUCCUGAAGUGAAAGGUGAGCGGAGCGACAGCAACGAGAGUGCCAUCACCACUGGCACAAGCAAGAGCCGGUCUGACAGUUGCACGGACUCAACGACGAGUGGUGUGAGUUCGUGCGAUGAGAAUGCGGCCACGACGAGGACAGUGCAAACGCUGAGCCCGAUUGCGAGCUCGACCUCGCUGAGCACACUGGGUGGGAAUAGGGGCGACGGUGCUGUGAUGCCGCGGAGACCUGGGGGCUUUGUCGGUGGUGUGCGGACGCUUUCGCGUAGCAGCACGUCCACGAGUCCGGUGUCUCCAGACUCCCCGGUGCUGAUGUACACAAGUGCGCGGGACGUGGCAGGCUAUGCGACGCUGCGGGCAGUGCGUGAGGCGUCGUCAAUGCGGCGGCGGCGGAAGCGUGUCUGUUCAGUGGGCUGUGAUGGGGCAGAGCAACACGGAGAGCUCUUUUCGCCACUGUCUUUUGCUGGCUGGAGCCUGGAUCGCAGCGGAUUCUACAUAGGGGAGGAGCCAUAUCCAGAUGAUGCAACGAGUAUUCGGACUAUGUCCAUGUCAAGCACUGCCUCUGCAGCAACAGCCCGAUCGUCAGCUAGGCGGUCCGAGGAGAGGUUCAUGGGACUCUGUUUGCCUGUUGACACUGCACUCAUCUUUUCAGUUUAUGAUCAGGUGCAGCCAUCUGUGGGGGGCAAUGGAGAGGACAAAAUGGCUGAGUUGGCUGAGAAUGUUGAAGAGCGGAGUGAUGGCUUUGAGCUGCACACGCCGCGAGAGUGUCUCCUAUGCCACAGCGUUGAGCGAGUUGCAAAGAUGAAGCAAAGGCAUGCCGACAGCCCUGAAAAGCCAGUUAGUCCGGUUGGCACAGUCAGUCCGACAAUAGAGGAACACUGCAGUGUGGACGUUCGUGAUGCAGCCAUCGGAGCAUUCCCUUUUUCCCAUUCUAGUCAAACUAGGAAAAACAGGAAGUCAGGCGAGAGGUCAGCUGACAGUGACUAUGACCCCAUUGCCGUUAGGCGGGAGUUGCUCAAGUACAUUGCCAACCUCAAUAGCUCAGUCGUCAUGAAGGGAUCCGAACAGGCCCUACUGACCCUGAAGCAGAAGUACCCAAGCGCCUUUCAGGAUGUGUGCCUUUACUCUGAGGUCUGUCUGCUGAUGUCACAUUACCGGUACAGGCUAGGAGCCCGUACCUUGCUCCAGGAACUGUUCUUUGACCUCAGCCUUGAAAAGCAAUUUUUUGAGGAGGCAGAAUGUAUCCUAAGGAUACCACAUGUUGUAGUAAUGCCACCUAAGGAGGAAUCAGAGGCCUAAAAGAGCCUCCUUCGACCAAAACAUGAUUUGCGACACCAGAAGCUCGGCAUCUGCAAAGGGUCGGCACCACUGUCGCUGACGUCAUGGUCAAGCCUCGCUGUGUAUUCCUUCAGUGUGUAAAAAAAAAAUAAUCUACCAAUGUCAGAUGCAAGAUGUCUGCAAAUCAAGUCAUCUCAAGCCAAAUGUGAAGACAGAUGACUUGUGGUUUAAUGCCUGACAGCUGCAACGAGCUUAGCAAGUUAAGCCUGGCUGCCCAAUGAGAGAAGUGCUGGCUCAAACUGUGAUGAGUGCAGCGUUGCUGAAAUAAGCCAAAGCAUUGUCAUAAUCUUCUCAGUGAUUGCAGUCUUAAGCAGUGGCUUGACAGUGCUAAGGUGCACAUUGCUUUGUUGAUGAGAGGCCCAGAUGUUUGUGGAAUUUAUUCCAUAGACAUAGUAUGUGUUGCGGCCUGUUUAAAUGCUUAUGUAGGACGUAGAAAUGGGGGUUGGGGGGGGGGUAUUUUGAAAUUUAACUACGUGCAAAGUAUCAUGCCGGGAUGCCACGUAAUACAGCUGAAUUAGGCACUGCUAGAAUAGUACUGUGAGGGUGGAGCUGCACUUGUGUGUUGCACGCCGAUAGGCAAGGAAAAGAAGAGGUGGGUGUUGAACAUGCCGUAUUUGCUUGAAUAUAAAGCUUUUCUUUAAUCUUUAGCCAGAGUUACCACAGACUGAGUUAGCACCUCAUAUUAUAUUCAGGAACAUGCUCUGAACUUAUAUGCGACCGCAUGCAGAAAGCUCAGCCGUCAUGCAAAUAAGCUGAGUGGGUAAGCCACUGUAUCAAUGACAGAAGAUUCAACAAGUCUGCAAAUAGUGAGAGCUCAACUUGGGGUGAUGUAGGUGGAUGGACUUUGAAGGUUGCAGAUAUGGUUGAAUUAUGUAUAACUUGUUUGCAUUACAGUGACUUGCUUUUUUAUGCUAACAAUUUUUACAAAGAUUUUGCUUGUGCCCCUGUUUUGUUUAUCACUGAGAUUUUGCAACACACUGCAUUUCUAGGUCUGCAUCAUUUAGUAAAACACUUGUCAGUUGUAGUUUACCUGGCUUUUCUUUAAUAUAAAUGGUAGUCUUUACCUUUUUCUGUACAAUGCCAAGUAUUUUAUUGACUAUUGCGAAUCAAAGAAAUGCAAUCUCGUUGUGAAAUCUGAGCGAUAAACAGAAUAGUAGUAAGUGGAAAAUGUCCUUCUAAAGUAGUUAGAAUAAAAUAGCGAGUUGUAUUAUCGUGGUGGUUCCAUAUUUUCCUGCUAGUCGAAAGCGAGGGUGCACUUACAUAUGUAGCUGCAUUAUAUUUAUGCAAAUAUGGUAUCUCUAUCAUGUUGUUAUGUAAGUUAACCGUUUGCACUCGGACACUAAAUGAGAAAGUGAGCGAGGAUGAAUAGCAACUUGUAACUGUGACUUGUCUUCCUUUUUUUUUUGUAAUUUUCUUUUUUGUCACUGUAUAACCAAGAAUUCAAAAUGUGCCAAGCUCUUUGUGAAUUGUUCUCAGGUUUGCCGUUUCUCUUAUCCCGGUGUGGUGCUUUUACAGUUACCAGUACAUGAUGCCUGUAAAUAUGUAAAGGGUUUCCAGCAUAUGUACAUAGACCCAGGUGUGCCUUUUGCUGGUAUACAUUGGUAAGCAUGCUUGAUUUUUUGUAUUUAUGAAAAAAAAAAGGUUAUUGUUCUCUUUGUUGUGGGAAUUCUUCUAACGUAGUGUUAGCCAGUGUGUUAGUUUUGGGUUACAAGAGGUGUUUUCUUUUGUUAUCUUAUUGUGUGUGUGUUGCAUUGUUGUAGCUUAUUUCUACUUACGUUUGAUGAAAAUAGUGGAACUUGUCAGUGCUGCUUUUUGUUGUUUAUUUGCUGGUUUAUAUGUAUCACCAAGAUAGAAACAAAAAAGUGCUAAGUUAUAUAGGGGAGGACGUUUAUUGCUGAAGAAACUGUGAACAUGUUCUUUUCACGUGAUAUUUUUUACCCGUGUGGGGGACAAAAGCACUUGGAAAUUGUAUGCAAAUAUUUUAGCAUAAAGAUGUGUCUGGUCAUGGUGGAGGCAUACAGCAGACCCAUAGUUAUUGAAACUCAUAUAAUUUUAAUAAGUUAAGGAAUUCUCAAAAUUUUGGCUAGCUCACUGCAUUAUUGAUGCAUUUUGAAACUGCCCAAUUAUAACAAGGAUUUUGGUUAGCUCAAGUUUUUUGCCUUCCCUGGGCAGAUGAAAGGGCCAGAAAUGGCUACUUAGAGGACAUUCAUCAGGCAGCAAAAACAGUUAUUAACCUAGGCUAUACUGGUAGAUUAAUUUACACUUACAUUUACGAAGCCACCUUGAAGUUCCUUCUCAACUAACCAUGUCAAAUAUUGGCAGUAUCUGCUUGGCACUAGUCAAUUGUUUGUCAGUGAAGUAUUAUGUUUUAUUCUAAUGCGAGUAAAGACUCGUUACUACAACUUUUGUACGCUUUUACUGUACAGUAAAAAUUUAGAUGCAGGAAAAUAUACCAUGAAAUCUGAGAAGUCACUCUGAUGCCACUGAUGCGAUGGUUUUGGUGUGACCUGUUAAAAAAACUUGACCUUGCCUUCGUUUCACUCUGAUA